UGUCUAUGGUCGGCUUUCUACUUCCGCUUACGUAAGGAACAACGGCGUGAUUAUGGCAUCCUGAGUGACGGCGUGCGGCGCAUGACUCUUGUGAGGCAAAUUUAAAAAGUUCAUUUUCUGUUCUAAGCUAAAAUGAUUCUACUAUCGAACCGUAUGAAACUGUGCUCGCUGGCGUUGGGCGCUGCGAGACUGUACAGCAACGGCCCGGCGGCUGUCAGCAACCCGACUGUCUACUUUGACAUUUCGGCCGAUAACGAGCCUCUCGGCAGGGUAACGUUCGAGCUCAACGCUGAAGUGGUGCCAAAAACUGCAGAAAACUUUCGAGCGCUGUGCACGGGGGAGCACGGUUUUGGCUACAAGGGCUCCACCUUUCAUCGGGUCAUCCCUCAGUUCAUGUGUCAGGGUGGUGAUUUUACAAACCACAAUGGAACAGGUGGCAAGUCCAUUUACGGAUGGAAGUUUCCCGAUGAAAACUUCAAGCUGAAGCACACUGGUCCUGGCAUCUUGUCAAUGGCCAAUGCAGGACCCAACACCAACGGAUCGCAGUUCUUCAUCUGCACCAGCAAGACAGAUUGGCUGGACGGUCGCCACGUGGUCUUUGGCAGCAUCAGCAAGGGACUUGACGUGGUCAGGAAGAUGGAGACCUUGGGCUCGUCCUCGGGGCGCACUGCAAAGAAGAUCACCAUCACAGACUGUGGCCAGCUCAAGUAGAUGCUGCGGCAAUGUCUUGCCAUUAAAUGUGAACCUGAGCCAUUACCUUCAAGGAAAGGGGGGGGAGUCGCUGAUAGUGCACUUGCCUGACUUGUGUGCUGACACCGUGAGGUCAAUUCUUGCAUAUGACGGUGUGAAUUGGUGCUUGUGUGUGACAAAAAAAAAGAGAGAGAAAAACCUUCAAGGAAAGGGGACAAACAAUAAAACUAUCUUCCUGUUUUGUUACAGUGACACAA